GGAAGGGGGGGGGAUUAUGGGUUGUUUUCAGAUAAUAUCCUAAAACUGGCAAAGUGUAAUUAAGGAAGUUGAGGUAGAUGGGAAAUUUAGAAUGUGGUGAGUGUUGAGAAGUAUAUAAAAUAUUUUACUCAUAAAACCUGCAGAGAAGAGGCCACUUACAGUACCUAGGCACAUAUGGGAGCAUAAGUAAAUAUGGUGUGGUUUGGAAUGAAGUCAUCUGGCAUAAGAUAAGUGCCAUUGGUGAGCUGUUGUGAGCCCACUCAUAAACCUUUUGGUUCCACUAAUUGGCAAAGAAAAUUAGCUAAUCCUCGAAACAAAUAAAAUGAAUAAAAGCUCCAUUAGGCUUUGUCAGUUUGUUUCCAUUUUAUCAUGCUUAGUAUAUUCCUUGUUACCACCACACUAUAGCUCAACCUCAGAGUGGUUGAAUGAGAUGGGCAGAUAUAAGGUAAGAUCCUAAGAUUUAGUGAAAAGUAUUCAACAAAAGUGGUCACCAGCAAGAGAUACCAUGGAUGGCAGUGGUCAAGGUGAGUCAAUUAUCAUACACCAUUAUGAUUUGUUCAAAAUACGGGCUUAGGGAUUGGCGAUUUAUAUUGUGAAUAAUAAUGAUUUGUCUACUUCGAUCAAAGAUGUUUAUUGGUGGUGGGGGGGGUGGAGAUACUUUCCGCCAAGACAUGCACAAGCAGACCGACAUGUGUUGCCAUCUAUUCGGCACAUCGUUGGUGGUUGAUAUUAAUAUACAGUUUGUGUUUUCUGUGAAGUAAGCGUUCAGCAUUAUCUGUGCACACUGUGCUGCGCACUCAUUCGAAGAGGUGCUAGUAGGUGGCAUGGGUUUAAAUCAAUACAUUGUGGGUUGAUAAACUGUAUAUGUGGCUUUCUAAACGAAGUUAGCAUAUUUUGGAAGUAAUUAUUACAGUCACAGUAUAGUAUAGGGAAUUACGUGUCUGAAGGAUGGUAUUAAUUGGUUCUAUAUUUUUGGUUCGGGAAGAAUAAUCGUAGUUUAGUCGCUUUUUUAGCUUCUUAGUUUCGACGUUUGCCGGGUUAAAUUUGUGUAUUUAUUUGUAUGAGCUUAUUCAGUUUUAUGUGAUUUUAAUGUUUUUCAACUUAAUUAAGCACCGAACAUUGUGACAAUGGCGUGAAACCAGUAUCUUUUACAUGAUGCGUGAACAAACGUUACUGUCAUAAACUACUCGGUUGUCAGAAGUACGUGACUUUUGCCAUGUGAAAUCCAGCUGGUACUGCUCUGUUCGCCGGCACUAAACCCACUAAUUGAUUGGGUUUGUUUGACUUCCUACUGUCCUGGUUUGUGGGUGAUAAAUCGGCUAUGCACUUACAUUUUGAGCGCAAUACCAAUGCGAAAUGUGAUUGUGCCAUCCUUUCCCUGACAUGGAUGGGGAAGGUGCCUGAUGAGCUACCAGAAGAUGAAGGCUGGAAGCUGAACCGUACGAACUACUACCAAGAAGGCUGGUUGGCAACGGGCAACGUGCGAGGAAUUGUCGGUGUCACAUUUACCACGUCACACUGCAAGAAGGCCGUCGACUUUCCACUUAGAACAAACUACAAUCUUCGUGGGCAUCGAUCAGAGGUGAUUUUGGUGAAGUGGAAUGAGCCAUAUCAGAAACUAGCGUCAUGUGACAGCUCAGGAAUUAUCUUUGUUUGGAUCAAAUAUGAGGGCAGGUGGAGCAUUGAACUCAUCAAUGAUCGGAAUACUCCAGUCACACAUUUUUCUUGGUCACAUGAUGGUCGCAUGGCACUCAUCUGUUACCAGGAUGGUUUUGUGUUGGUUGGUUCUGUGGCAGGACAGCGAUAUUGGUCUUCCAUGCUUACAUUGGACUCCACAAUCACGUGUGGAAUAUGGACACCUGAUGACCAACAAGUGUACUUUGGAACAACAGCAGGGCAGAUCAUCGUGAUGGAUGUUCAUGGGGCCAUGGUGUCCCAGGUGAAGUUGAGUAAUGAUGUGGGAAUCACAAUGAUGGCCUGGUCCUGUGAAAAGUUUAAGAUGGAAGAGGGGGAUGAGACAGAACCUGUGGUAGGGCAGUAUUCUCCUCCUGCAGAUGACCGCAUCUUCAUCUUAGCAGUGAGUCUGCAGAAUGGAUAUAUCUUCCUGAUGAAAAGUUUUGAUGAUGUUUCACCAAUCCAAGUGCACACUGGGUUAUCUGGGCCACUGUGUCUUGAGUGGAGUAACUCUCGUGAGCUUCUGGCUGUAGCAGGCACCAUGCAGCAGACAGUUUCUGCUUCUAAUGGCACUCAGCAGCCAUCCCCAGACUCCAGAACCGCUUCUGCGCCCACAGUAGAAUACACCAAUGUGCUCAAAUUUUACUCUGACACUGGUGUGCUCCUUUAUUCGACAAUAAUUCCCUACACACAGUCUCCAGUCACAGCACUGACAUGGGGCCACAACGAUAAACGGCUGUUUAUUGCAACGGGGUGUCAGGUGCACAUAGCUUGGGUGUCACGACGAGUGGCUUCACUGCAGCUCAUGUGUCGCUUGUGCAUUCAUUCACAACUAAGAGGUGGUGAAAGUCAAGUUGCUGCCCUGCCCCUCCCUCCUCGGAUCAAGGCCCUUAUCUCCAAUUUGUUUGCUCAAACCAUUAGGUGCUGUGUUCCUGACUCAUCUGCGCUACGUGAGUUUGUGUCACGGCCACCUGCAGGUAGUGUGCGGCUUCACUGCACCAUGAUCAGACACGAUGAUGAUUCCAACCUGAGCUCAGGCACAUGCUACACACUUUACCUUGAAUAUCUUGGUGGACUUGUUCCUCUUCUCAAGGGCAAGCGUACGAGUAAGAUUCGACCAGAGUUUGUCAUCUUUGAUCCACAGCUUGAUGAAUUAGCUUUGGCAGUUGAUUCCACUGAUUCGGCAAAGAGCAGUGGCUCAUCUCAGAAUGCUGCAAGUGACACAUCUGAUACGGAACGUGAAGAUGGUUGUGGCAGUCCCAGGGUACAGAGACGCAAACGAAGGCGCAACAAGUCACACAAUGGGGGAGCUGAUCGGAGCAUGGGCACAGCUGCCGAUGGGGACCAGGAUGACCUUGCUUACAUUGACACAUUGCCAGAACACAUUCGACUUGUUGAGGUCACGUCCAACAUAUGGGGCACAAAGUUCAAGAUUCAUGGCCUGGCUUCAUCCGUUCCAGCCAAUCUGGGCCAGGUGACGUACAAAACAUCCCUCCUCCACCUCCAGCCCCGCCAAAUGACACUGGUGAUGACUGAACUUCGAGAUGAUUUUCCACCAGGCCCAGACCCCAACUUCAACCCUAAUCUUUUCUCAGAAGAUGAAGAGGAAGUUUUUCAACAAGAAGAGCAUGGUUGUGGUAGAAUGCAAGCAGACAUUGCCCCACCCAUUGCUCCCAUGACUCCAAGACCUCAUCACUCAGUCCCUGGAUCCACAACAGGAAGAUUUGCUGCACAACCACGCCCAAAAUCCUCACAGAUCCCUCCCCCACAAUACAUCACUGCCACUGAAAACCACCAUAUCACAGAAACUAGCAUGGUUGUGAAUGGUACUUUGGUUCCUGCACUGGCAAAGACAGAGUCUUAUGAAGAUGAGUUCCCAUAUGUGGAACUAACAGAUAUGGUGCAUUAUUGUGAGUCACUACGUGCUAAUGCUGCCCCUGGCUCCUCAAAUACUGCUGUGAAAAACUACACAGAUAGUUGCACAAACUCCCAAGUGUUGUCAGCAUCAAACAAUAUGGUGUACAGUGUUGGGGGAAGUGGGGGGAAUAGUAAUGGAAGUGGGACAUACAACAAUGUGAUGGGUGGUGUAACACAGUACAUGGGGAGGUGUAAUGUUUCAACUGCAGGUUGUGUGGGGGGAACAGGCACUCAAACAACUCGCCACAUUUCUCCACUUAUGUGUGAAGGAGCUGUUCCAACACUUCAGUCACCAAAAAAUGCGGUUGCUCCGAGUGAAGUUCUUAUUGACCGAAACCCAUCUUCACAGACUAUGAUGACUGCCGCUACAUCUAGCGAUCAUACAGGUAACAUCCAACGGAUGAAGUCUGUACUAGCAGAACAGCACAGUCAGAAUCAAAAUGUGGUUGCUUUGAACCUCAAUCUAAAUUUGUGUACAAUAGAACAGAAUAAUAUAGAUCUCAGGCCUGUAGUUAUGAAAAGGAUUGAUAACGAAGGAAAUAGCUUUAACAAUAGCAAUAACAAUAACAAGAAGCUGCAUCAAAUUUAUAAUUGUAGCUCAAGUGAGGACGCAACAGGAACAACUAACUCUAAUGUACAUGGUGCAUCCUCCUCUCCUGUGAAACCCAUGAAUAGUAACAAUAAUGCAGUCAUUGUGGGGAAAAGAAAGGAGAAAUAUUGUUCAAACAAAUCAAGUCCUAGUGGAAAUCAAACUGGGAUUUCAGGCUCAAAAUGGUGCAUGGGAAAACCAGAAGAACUUCUUUACAUUGAUGAAGAUGGAGGAUCUACGUCUAAUGACCUGCCUACUCCAGACAGAGCACGUGGAAAGCGAACACCUACUCUCAUCCCAGUAGCACCGUGUCCACCUGCUUACUUGACAGACUCCAUGGUUCGAAGCUGUAGUGUCGGAUUUCUGGAUCUGGUGGAUGCACAGCUUGUCCCUAGUGAUGUGGCAUUAUUAAUGCUUCGAAAAGAGGCACCAAAACGCCUGGUAUUGGUCAAUAGAAAGAACAAACACAGAAGACAUAAGAAUAAAGGCCAACAUACUCAGGACAUGAGUAACAGUAGAACUGUGUCCAGUACAGCCAGACCACUGACAUUGAAGCAUUGUGGAAAGAGCAGAAGUCUGGAUUCCAGUGAAAUCUUCCCCACAAACAAUUCUGCCAACCAGAUUCCAUCCACAAAGGAAAAGAUUCCCACAGAAAUACCCCAUGAAAGAAAUCAGCAUCAGAACCAAAUACCAAUGGUUGCUGUGUUGUCUGCAUCCUCAAAUUCCCAAGAAAGUGUUCACACAGCAGCAACAACAAAGCCUUCCCCAGUCACUUCUGUAUCAUUGUACAAAACAACCAAAACACCAGUCUUUGCACCUUCAGUUGGAGGAAACAGUUUGGAUGGAAAGUGUGGGGCAUUGCUGUGUGAAAAGCUAGCAGUUAGGGAAGCAAGUUCUUCACAUUGUCAUGGUGCAGAUGUUCUACCAACUUUUGACAGUCUCACAGCAAGGAUGAAGUGCAGAGAGUUGCUUGAGGAGUCAAGGUCUCUGCCUCCUCCUACUCCUUGUGCUUCACCACGUCUCCCUCGUAGUAGCCCAGCCAGCCCAGCUCCUAGCAAGAAAUGUAGCAAGCGUAAUCAGUCUUCGUCACCUAUUAGAAAGCAUCUGCUCAAUUCACCUCUAUUAUCAAGGCGGCACCGUAAGAGUAAAACAACAGAAAGCUCAGAUGAUGAGGUAGUACAGUCAGGCGAUGAGGUGUUCAAUGGAAAGAAUUAUCGUGAUCUAGAGAGCUUCCAGAAAGCUCAGCUCAGACAGAAGUUGAAACGUGGGAAAUGCAAAGGAGACUUUCCUGAUGGUAGUCCCAGUCCACAGAGCCCUCGUCAGAGGGAGUUUGUGAUGCACAAUAAGGCACCCAUGUGGAAUGAGAACAGCCAGGUGUAUCAACUUGACUUUGGUGGUCGAGUUACCCAAGAGUCAGCCAAGAACUUCCAGAUUGAAUUCAGAGGGAAACAGGUGAUGCAGUUCGGGCGUAUAGAUGGUAAUGCUUACACAUUAGACUUCCAGUAUCCAUUCUCAGCAUUGCAAGCAUUUGCAGUGGCACUUGCUAAUGUAACACAAAGGCUCAAGUGAAUUCUGCUGGGUAUUUUUUGACAUAUCAUAGAUCCACCAAACCUGUUCUAUUCAAUAUAAUGUUGAAAAUGAAUGAAUGAAUGGUGCAGGUAAGAAAGUUUGACCUACAAUUCUCUUCUGAUAGUCUCGUAAUAAUAUAGAAGAAAACAUAUUAUCAGCUAACUCACUAUAUGGAGCAGAGUUUUUUUGAAGGUAACAGUUACUCAACUGAUAAAAUUUCCAGCCAUCCAUGGAAUCAAAAUUUUCAUUAUAAUUUAUUCUGCUGUCUUCUGAGUUGUGAGACCAUUUUGUCUUGUUAACAGUUACCAGUGUUUCAUAGGAACAUACUUCUUCACUUUCAGGAUAACAAAGAUGAUUAUUUUCCUGUAAUGAAAUUAGUGUAGAGGUGAUAUAUGGGAAACAUGGUGAACUUGAAAUAUUCUGGAACUGCAAUGAAAACUCAAAAUUACAUUCACAAAGAAGUUAAAACAGUUUAAACUAGGAUAAAAUAUACAAAACUAUACUUUUACAUAUUGUUUCAUAUGGGCAUGAAAAUCUGUCUGCCUGGCUAAGGGAAGAAUGUUUUAGAACAGACAGCUGGAAAGAAUAUUUGGAUCGAAGAAAUUAAGUAACAAGACACUGGAAAAACUGCAUAUGAAGAUCUUCAUAAUUUGUAUUAUUGACAAUGUUGAUUUGAUAAUGAAAUCAAGGAGGAUGUGUUAGACAGGAUAUGUAGCUUUUGUGGAGCAGAUUCGUCCAGGGACGCAUCCCCGGCGUAAAUCGAGGUUUACCUUUAUUCUGCUUCACAGGUUAUUACUGAAUUUACACUUGUCAGAUUUUAAUAUCACACACCAAAAUCAAGAUUUUGGGACAUCUGAGUAAGGAACAUUAAAGACUAUGUAUAAUAAAAGUGAUUGGCCAAGAAUAUCAGUGAAUUUAUUAUAUAGUUCAGUAAGCAGUCUUGUAUGCAUUAGGCAUGACAGUAGCUCACAUUACUACUGUGUUAAAUUAAUGUUGAUGGAUAUUGUUUUUACAGGCUGUGAAUUGCUAAACAAACAACCAAUCACCAAACAGACUGUUGUGUGCUGACCUCAGUUGUUAGAUGGAGAAAUGGAAAGUUUCUAUAGGCCAGCUGCUAUGAAACAUGUUUCAAUUUCAUGCACACAAACUAGCAUAUAUCCUUUCAUGUUCUGAAAGAGUACUCUAGUCACACAACUCUCUAGAAUCUAAUCAAGAAUAUUCACUUCAGCUCAUUAUGCUGCACUUUUUUAUAUUUGAUUCAAGAAUGUUUAUGAAUGUACAUCACUGAAUGCAUAUCUUCAGGAUUUUAUUUUUAAGUGAUAUUUCCUCCAUUUAUUUUGCCCAAGGUUGUGUCUUUAGAUUUAAUGUCCUUUAGGCCUAUGUAUGUAACUUCAUUCCAGAAGUGUUUCAGGAAAGUUUUACGUCCAUAAGUUUUUAAAAUGAACUGAGGAAACAUUUAAACAAUCACUGCAUGUAUUGGUUGCAUAAAGACAAGUGUUGUAUGUGAAGGAAAGAUUGAGGAUCUUACUGAAAACAACUCUGCUAGCCUGAGGAUUUUAUUUAACUGGGGGACUUUUUUAAUAUUCUGUAGUGGUAAGUAUUAGUGCUAAAACUGUAAUGUUUCUUUUUAUGCUUUUACCAUACCAGCAAGUGAAGUUGUUGAUAAAUUUGUUCAUCGGUUUCAAUGGUCAAUGUCUAUAUGCUUCAUCAGGUUCUUGUGCUGUACUGUUGAUCGGAUAUCACUACACAAGAUACUGGAAAUUAGUUCACUUUUUUGCAGUAUAUUAUAAGGCUUAAGAAAAAUUAGCUAGCAGAAAUAAAUGUACAGUCAGGUUAUAAGUUCAAUGAAUUCAGAUCUAUGAGAUGUGGGAUUACCAGGUGUUUCUGUGAACAGAGUUUCUGUAUGAUCAUCAUCUUGAGUCACAUCAGCGUUUAAUAAAUUACAAUAAAGUGUUCUGCAUAUAUUUUACUUAUAGCACAAUUUCACAGUGCAAAGACAUUUUAAAGGGAAUAUCUGGAUAUGAAUAUUUUAAAACUAAGGGAAUGUAGGAAUGUAGAUAUAAAGUACGAUUCACAUUGAGUCCCUGGAUGAAAUAGUCAUAUUGUCACUAAAUGGAAUAUAUUUUAGACCUGGAAGUUGUUAUUUUCCAGUAGAUUGAUUACAUAAUAUUACCUAAUAUGCGAUGCACAUAAAACAAAAAAGAUUCUCAUGCGAAAGUCAUAAUAAAUAGCUUAUACAGUUUUAAACUGACCUACGAAAUAGGGCCUGAAGGCUGGCUAAACUUAAAGCCAUUUCCGAUGUGGUUGUGAAGAAACAAAUCUAUCCUCUGCAGAUUAUACUCUGACCAUGGGAUUAAAACUAUUAUCUUCAGAAAUUAACACUGUUUUCAUGUGAAGGUUACUGAACUAAAAUCAUAUCAUUCUUUCAUAGGUUCUUAUCUAAUAGCCAUUUAACUAUGCUUUUAGGUGCUGGUUUAAAUUACACUUGGGACAUACUAAUUUUGUUUUGUAAUUUAUAGUACCACAUUUCUUAUCAUAUUAAUAAUCAACAGGAGACCUUUUCCUAACAGGGCCAUUAGACAGAAGGGUAACAGCCCUAAAGAGUGCAGUACACAUUAGUUAUGAUUCAGAUUGCUGCAUCAGUGAGAACCUGCUUGUAGUCUGGAAAUGUAAUGUUGUUCCAGGCUCCAGCAUGUUACUGAAUGUUAACAAGAACCAGUUUUAUAAUUGUACUUACAGACAUCUGGUAACUUCAUAAUUUAUGCUUCAUUUAACUUCAGAUAGCCUGACUUAUCAGUAUCUUUUAUAAUAUAUUAAUGGUAUAAGAACUUUGCAAGUAAGUUGUGAAGCCUUACUGGGGUGGCACAUUUCAUGUACACUAGUUUAAAUAUACUUGGCACUUUAUUAAUAUAUCUUUAUUCUACAUAAACUGGUAAAUUAUUUGAAAACCUGCUCAUUUUUCCUUCAGGAGGAAACAGUAUUUUGUUAAAUGUUUUUAGCAGUGUUUUAAGGAAUAUUUAAUAACCAUUACACAAGUAGAAGUUUUAGCAAAAGAUAGAGCUUUUUGUUUGAGAUAUAUAAUAUGACAAAUUAUUAAACUAUAUCUGUUCUUGCAGCAGUAGCUUUUCUUGUAAGAAAAUAUCAUUGUACAGUACACAGUAACUUGUCUAUAAAUCUACAUACUGCUGGCUUGCCUAAGCAUGUUUAUUUUCAAUAUGAAAAUUAAUUAUUAAAUGUGGCAUUAAAGUCAGAGAGGCAUCAUAAUCACUGUCCCUGAACAUUAACAACUAAUUAAUUUUUCAAGGAUGUGGAGUUUAUGACACAGCUCCACUUCCUAAUCCCGAGGGGUAUAGCAACAACCUCAUCACUACAGGUUCCUUCCUUUUAAUUCAGUCAUACAAUUAAAUAAUGCAGAAGAUAAAUGAGGGAAGAAUAGUCCCUAGUCAAUGGGUCAUUAGUCUGUAACAGAUCAGUACUAAUGUCAAGAAAUGAAGAAUUAAUUAAUUAAUUUUGUUUCUUCAUUAAAAGUGAAAUGCUUUCACUCUUAGAUCUUGCUGUGUGUGUGUGUGGGGAGGAGGGGGUUUGCUAAUGCAUCAUUAAAAUAAUGUGGAGUGUGUCAUAUGAGUAUCAGAAUUUACAAAUUACUACAUUAUAACAUUUUUCCUGGACUGUAAUGUUGUAUUUUAUUGAAUAUAUAGAGUUGUUAAUGAAAUAUUUAUUUAUUUUUAAUGCCCAUUUGAAUACUCUUUCUUUGAAAUAGCAACUGUUUUAAUUGUUUGAUUUACCCACCAGUGAAGAAGAAAAUAUUAAUGUGUUAGAAUACUGUAAACAUGGUUUUAACUUUGUGAAAGAAGAGUGAACUCAAACCACGUUUUUACAUUCAGAGCACUGUUGUGUACAAACAAGCUGACCGCCUUUGUUAGUUGAUAGACUGAAAACCAAAUAGUGACAACAAAGUAGAUUUCUGUGCCACCCCAUGUGUUUCUGUAAUGGCUCUGAUCUCACAAGAGAAGACGGUGCUGCAUCAAACAGUUUGGUUGCUGCCCCCAUACCCUCUUUUGCUGAAUGGCAUUAAUUAUAUCUACAGUUAAAUAAUAUAUAUUAAAGACUUGUAUAAAUGGAAGAUGUAUCAAUUUAUAUAAUGGAUAGGAGGUUGUUAGCUUUUUCCAUUCAUUGGGUGUGUAUGUAGUUGUUAUGGUAUUAUUUUAUUAUAGUACUGUUGAAAAAGCUUUAACAGCUCAUAUCCUGUUGGUUAGAGUGUAUCAUGUGUUAAAAUUUCCACUUAACUGCCAAUGUAAACAAUCUGUUGGGUAUUUUAUUCUGCACUUCUAACUAUACAGUAAUGAAAUGAUAAAUUUAUAUAUGACUAAAUUAAGUUUGGCAUAACACUAUUGUGUGAAUAAACAUAAUAAGUGCUGUCAUAAGAGAUAGAAGAGGUUGUUUAUGCUUCUCGUACAGGACAUUUGUCUUGAAAUCUGUAAUAUCACUUUAUUGUAAGCCUUCAUUGGGGACUAUCUUGUUGCUAGAUAAGGGACACUUCACACCCAAAUUACACGAGAAGUCAGUUUUUUCAGCUUCUGCAAAAACUACAGAAAGAAUAAUAUUGUAGUUUAUGGUGACAACACGUUCAAACAAAAUUAAACUUUUCUUUAUUAAUGAUAAGACAAGUUCAUGCACCACAAUCUUUUCUGUUGUAAUAUUUUACUUUUAGUUGUUUGCUCUGCAGUACAAGAAUGUGAAUUGAUGCCAAAAACAUGAACUGCUUUUUUCAGUGGCCUCUCCUUAGUUAAAAAACUGUGUAAUAACCAUACCGUCCAGCCAAACAAACUGUCAUGCAAAAAUAAGAAACAAAAUAUUAUUUAUAAUUUUGAUUCUUGAUGUUUAAUUUUCACAGUAACUGAAAGUUUGUAGGAAUGCAAAAGCUGUGUUUUAAUAAUGAAUAUACAAUACUGUAUGUAAUUUGUAUACUUCUAGUGUUUGAUGUGUUUGCCUGAUUGGAAAGUUGGGAAAGAAUUUUGCACAAUUUUGUUGAAACAGAAACUUGAUUACAUCUUUAUCUAUGUAUUUUCCCAUCUCAUCCUUCCCCUCUGUUUUAUCAUUAUGGUUGUUACUAUAGAUUAAAUUUUAUUGACUACCUGGAAUAGUGGUCUUUAGAACUGAAUUGUGGAUAUGUAAAGUCUACUUUCAAAACCAUCUUGCUUUUCAACAAAACCUUAGAAACUUGCUUGUUUUUGUACUUAAGAUUUAUUGUCACUCACCUCAGUGAUAUUUGUAUAUACUGAAAUGACAUCUGCCUGUAAUAACAACAAUGAUAAUUUACUUUGUCAAAAGUGUCAGAUUUUAUCCCUUGAAGAAACUAUUGUGUAAUGGAGUGCAUGUUAAGCUGAACAUAUACUUUAUUGUUAGCCAUCACCCUCACCUGUAAACUCACUGCUUUAAGUGUCAUUAAUUGAUCAGAGAACUAAAAACCAUGCAUCCUAUCGGCAUCAUUUUGGUGUAAUGGGGUCUUCUCGGUAGGUGGUCAUAGUAAAAUAGAAACAGAUUUCAAGAAGAUUAAGUGCUGGUAAAUUGUAAAUUGUGUGGUGUCUUAGUCAGUACCUCCAGAAUUAAAUAAAAUAAAAUAAAAAAGCAAAAGCCACUACCUCACCAUACUGUACAAAACUAAGCUCAGGGCAGUAGCUAAUAAAAGUUCACGUGCAUUAACUCUACUUCCAUGCUUAAGUCUGGGGUGAUAUUUACACAAGUAGUUGGUCUCUUGGUAAUGAAUCUUUUGAAAUAUGGCAAUUGAAAUAUUUGGAAACAAUUGUAAAAAUUGAACAAAAGAAUUUAGGAGCUAAUUAAUUGGGAAUGCUUGUUACAUUAUUCCGUUCACAAUCUUUUGUUUAUUGAUUUUUAUGAUGAUCUCUGGCGUGAUAGAAACUCUUUUUUUUUUCUUCCCCAUUGAGGUAUAGAACUAUGUUGAAAGUAUACUUAUAUUAAGGCAAUCAAUUCAGUUCUGGAGAAGUAUCUCUAGUUAAAUGUCUACCCUUAUAAUUAUGCUGGUUUGCCAAAGUUGCUUGUGUUUGGCAGGUUGGUAAAUCAUGUAAUCAAAGGAGAAAAGAGGUUGUUUUGUUAUUGGUUGCAUAAGCUUCUGUUUUUGUUAAAUGUGUAUGUACAUAGUAUAAAAUAUACUAAUUCAUAUUAUGUGUUUAGAGAAAAAAAUGGUUUGUUUUAAGUAAAUUACAGCCUAAGCAGUAUGGAGUUUUAUAUGUGGGAUAUAUGAGGUGAUGGAAUGUGUCAUGUGUUCUGGUUGUUUCAGUAUUUACAUACUUGAACUGAGUCUCAGUUUGUGACACCUCAGUUAAAAGCACUAACUGAACUAACUCAUCAGCAUUUGUUAUUUUAAACUGUAAGUACUGAAACAACUAAAACAGAAUCAUAUUACUAUGUUAUUGUUGGUUUAUCAAAUGUAGUGCUUUAUUAUUUAACUUUUAUUGUGUGUUACAGUACUGAGAGAACAUUCCAUGUUUUGUAAGUCCAGCUAAAUGGCACUAAAUAUCAUUAGAUAUUUGUAUUUCAGUCGUUAA